CGUAGAUGCGACCAGAGGCUCCGAAGAAUAAUCCCCAAGGCCACCGCGAACGGCUUCGGGAUCAAGGGAAACAAAGAAAAGACCCAGUCCACCCACCAUCGCCAUCCUGUAGCUGAGUGCUAUAAUGAUAUGCCCUCGAUCAAUUGACCAUCCCCUCAUACAAAGCCCAAGGCCCGCCUGGCCUUGGAUGGCCAUCAUCCAUUGUGCCUCGUCUUGCGCUCCGCAACCUCCUCGAUCCUGCAAUUCUGCGCCGACGACAGCUCGACAAUAAUUACACUGUAAUUACCAUUGUGCCCUAUUGAGCCCUGUUGCGCCUAUUUACUCGGCCUCGCUUGUGGGCGCUAGCAUUGUGCUUGUGGUGGCGGCCUGGAUUCGCUAUUGUCUUCUAUUGACGCCAAGCCAGGCACCACUUCUGAAUAGCUUCACAAUAAACAUUCGACCAACAACCCUCACCUUUCUCGACACCGCCACCGAUCCUCACCUUCUUCGACCCCGCCACAACUCCUCAACCUCCUCGACACACCCACCCACUUUCUUCUCCUCCGUGGACACGAUGUCCACGUACCGCCCAUCAACUCGCGCUAGCAGCGCUGCCGCCAGCAUAACUGGCGGCCCACGCGCCGCAGUCACGCCGGCGACCCCGACUGUUACCCGGGGCGGUCGCAAGAAGCGGGGUCCCUCGACCAUUGCGUCGGAGUUGGGCCCCCAAGUGAUCGCCACCAAGGAGAGUACCUCCUACGGGUCGUCGGCGGCUGUGGUGCCGAUGGCACUGAACAGAGUGGAGGAGGUGGAUCUUCGUGGGGCGCUGACCGGCAUCGUCGCGCCGACGACCGUCGGAACCCCGGCCGGCCAGAGGGCCACCACGGGUUCCGUUCCUCCGACGGGAGCCUCGACCAGCUUCGGUCAGGAGAGCUCGAUGGCCGGAAACGGCACCUUCACGGGUGCCCCGGUCGUCGCUCCUCCAGGCCUGGCUGCCGGGCGUUCUCGUCGGGGGAAGACGGUCGCUCCUCCCGCUGAGGAGCCGGCGCUGCCGCGUCGAACCCCCACGCCACCUCCUCCGGCUUUUGAGGAGCUUCCCGCCACCGUUCCGCCCGCCGCGUCUAGGCCGGCACCGAUCGCGUUGGCAGCUAGCUCUGUCACCGAUCUGGUGGUCCGCGCCCGCGGUUUCGUUAUUUCGGCGUACACCAACGCCACGGUUCGUUUGGUCCUGGUUUCGUUCCUGGCGGCCAUCAUGGCCAUGAUCUUCCUCGGCACCUCCGAGGGCUCGGCGGGUCGGGCGACCCGGAUGUACGCGCAGGGCGCCUCGGCGACCCUCGCGCAGUACAUUCCGCACGGGGUCGCCCACCCCCUCAAUUACUUCAACGAGGCCGACAUGCUGGAUGUCCAGCGUCGGCUUCGUCGCGCCGAGCUGAGCAUCUCAAAGCUCCAGCUCGACGUCGCCAAGAACGCCGAGCUCACCCGAGCCUUGGAGAAGCGCCUCCCGGACUUCCUCGUGGUCUCCAAGGUCCGCGGCAAGGUCCAGAUCCCCGCCGACUUUUGGCGCGCCUUGAGGACCACGAUCCUCGCUGACAAAGAUCUCAGGCCAUUCAAGCCUGGAAAGCCCGAGGAUUCUGCGCCCGUCACCGCCACGCCCGAUUGGGACGACUUCCUUCGCACCAAUGAGGCCCGCCUCAAGGACCUGGUCGCAUCCGACGUCCAGCUCGCUCGCGCCGAUCUUCUCGCCCACCUCCAGACCGCCCUCGCAUCGACAUCCGCCGAGUACAACAGCGCACUCUCCAAGGCCACCCAGGCCGUGAAAUCCGAACUCUCAGCGCAAAUUGCCGAGCUGCCGGCCUCUGUCAGCGCCGCCGACAUCGACGCCCAUGCCGAGCGUGCCAUGCAGCGCGUCUUUCUCACCUCCAAGAUCGAGGCCCUCAUCAAUUCCAAGCUGGCCGAGUCGUCCACUUCCUCGCUGAGCCGCGUCAACUACUUCUCGCCCUCGACUGGUGCCGUCGUGAAUCCCAUCCUCACCUCCGCCACCUACAGCCCACGCGGCACGUUCGCUCCCAGCAAUCUCAUCACGGGCAUCCUCAAAAUGUUCUCGUACCCGCUUCCAAAGAUUGGGACUCCCGUUGAGGCUCUCACAAAGUGGGAUGAACACGGCGACUGCUGGUGCGGUGCUCCCGACGACUCUGGUGUCCAACUUGGUGUCCUCACCCCACACAAGUUCUCACCUGAAGAAUUCGUCAUCGAACACGUCCUUCGCACUGCGACUCUCAACCCAGGUGCGACGCCACGCCACUUCGAGCUCUUUGCGCACAUUCCGCUCAAGCACCAAGAUUACAUUGCCGAAGUUUCUGCUGGCCUGUUCCCACAUGCGCCUGAAGAGAAAGAUCUCAACUACGACUGGGUCCGCAUCGGUCGUGGCACAUACGAUACCACUGGUGAGACUGUGCAAGUCUUUCCCGUUCAAUUGGAGCUCAGCCGAUAUGGUCUCUCAUCCAGAGAGUUUGUCGUUCGUUUCCGCGAUAACUGGGGCACCAAAGAUGAUGAAGAUGUCGGACCUACGUGCAUUUACCGCGUCAGACUUCACGGAUUCAUAGAACAAUUCUAGUUCUUUACGGUGUCACUUGUUCUCAUGAGCUCUUACUUGUUCUCAUGGACUCUUACUUUUUUUCAUGGGCUCUUUAUCGGUGUUUACUAUUCAUGGGGGUGUUUAUACGGCUGCAUUGGCGGUGUUUUGCGGCAUCAAGUUUAUACGGUGUUUAUUCGAUGGUCUUCAUGGGUGGUAUUCUGGAGGAGUCUGGUGUUUUAUCUGUGCUGGAUGAUGGAUGGAUGAUGGGAUGAUGCUAUGGGAUACUAUACGAGAAGAAAGUUUUCCCGCGCUGAUGAAUUCGCGCUUUAUAUCUGUUGAUCGAUUGUUUUUUUCUGAGAUUUUUACAAAGGUUGUUUGACUCCACGAGGAGAUCAGCAACAUACAUGGGGAAGAAAUACCGGUAUGGGAAAGGCAGCGUACAUACAACAAUACAGUUGACAUAAUGAAAAUCAAUGCAAUCAAUCUUA